AUGGCAGCAGCUGCGUUGCUAGCUUCGUCCGCGAUGCUGAGACGACUCGUGUUCACCUCCAUGAUGCUCUUGCUGCAGCAGUAUGCCAAAGCCGAAGAUUGCUGCGCCAAGUGCUUGAACAACGUGCCCGACUUUGUGUACAACUCGAUGGACUUCAAGCAAUGCAUUGCUCAAAACUACUGCUGCUUCCAUUGUUUCAACAAGGACAUCGGAUCCCCAACAGUGUUGCCCGUGGCAGGGACCGUGUUCAAUGGUCCCACGACGACGGCCACGACCGGGUCCUUCUUGCAGAUCAAGUAG